GGCGGGCGGGGAGCGGCGGAGCGCGGCGCGGAAGUAGCGGCCGCCGCACUGCAGGGCGGAACGGGCCCACCUCCGCUCCGCUCCCUUAACUGGGUUCUGCUGACCUUUAAAACGUUAAAGCUGGGCGCUGCGGGAGGGAGAGCUAACCAUGUCUUUAAAUUCAUCUACAAUUCUAAAUGAAGAAAACUCUCAAGGACCAAAAAGAAAUGUUGCAUGUUUGGAAAGUCUAGAACUGCAGACUCCACCAUCAUUUCAAGAUGACCCGCUUCAAAACUUACAGUUGGCAUCACAGAAAGUACUUGAAAAGGCAAAAAAAAGUGGGAGAUCAAAAUGCCCACGAUGCAGCGGCUCAAGGAUGUUUUAUUGUUACACCUGCUUUGUUCCUGUUGAAACUGUCCCUACCACAGAAAUCCCAACAGUGAAGUUACCUUUGAAGAUUGACAUCAUUAAACACCCAAAUGAAACUGAUGGCAAGAGCACUGCUGUGCAUGCUAAGCUCCUGGCACCUGAUGAUGUUACAAUUUACAAGUACCCCUGCAUUCCAGAAUACAAAGAAAGAAGACAUGAAGUGGCACUUAUCUUUCCCGGCCCCGAUUCAGUUUCAGUAAAAGACAUUGCUUUUCAUCUCCAAAAAUACUCCAGGAAAGGUGUUGGUGACUCUGACAAUGGCUGUUCCAAAGAGCCGUUUCUUAAGAAAGCAAGAGUAGAACCUACAGAAGAAAAAGAUUUAAAUGAAUGCAUCUCAAGCAACAUGAAUGAAAGCACUAAACUGAAGAAAGUAAUAUUUAUUGACAGUACCUGGAAUCAAACUAAUAAAAUAAUAACUGAUGAAAGACUUCAAGGGUUACUACAAAUUGAGUUGAAAACAAGGAAAACUUGCUUUUGGCGUCAUCAGAAAGGAAAGCCAGAUACGUACCUUUCCACAAUAGAAGCAAUUUAUUAUUUCUUUGUGGAUUAUCACCAGGAGAUUUUGAAAGAGAACUACAAAGGACAAUAUGAUAAUCUGCUUUUUUUCUUUUCAUUUAUGUACACAUUGAUUAAAAAUGCCAAGUGUGGCGCAGGAAAAGAAUAAACUGUCUGUCUAUAGGUAACAACCUUUUAUUCUGUUUCUUUUGUAAUGAUGAUCUGUCGUAAUUUUAACCUGACCGAAGUCUGGAAACAGAUGGUACUUUUAGUCAUGGCUAAGGGUUUUCCUCUAAAAGUAACCUUAUGUGUGCAUGACAUGAAUCGGUUAAGUGAACCGUGUGUGCAUGACAUGCACGCAUGAGGCUGUAGAGCUAUUCAGAUGAGCAGUCUGAUUUAAAUUAUUGAUUUGAAUAGAAUUAAUGGUUUACUGAAUACUGUACUGUAGUGUUUGAACCUGGUCUGCUAAUCACUGUGAAUUUCUUCAGGUGGGGAUUGGAGAAGUUGGCCCUUGUCCCAUAUGGAUCUAACUCUAAAAAAAGGAUUUUGCAUUUUGCUUGUUUUAUUAUUUAUGUUUUGGAUGUUUCAUAUGUUUUAUCCAGUACAGUUGAUUUCAGCUAUGUGACUUCAAAAGCUUCCUGAAGUUAUUAGGACGGUAUUUAAUAGAGGACUGGAGAAAAAAGUAAAUGAAAAGCCACAUUGAGUAAAUGGAGUAUAAAUUACAUACCUGAUGAUUGAAUCCAGCAAAUUGUCCUUGUAAUAGAAAAGAGGUCUCUUUAAAUGUCAUUGUACAGUGCUUGAUUUCUAUAGUCCCAUUCACGUACUGUUGUAUUAAAAUUAUUCUCAAUUUCCUGGAUAACUGCAGGCUCCUUCAAACAGAAUUGAGGUAUUUAUAUAAGUAUAUUAUUAUUUUGGGGAACACCAACUUAUAUUAUUAUGGGUAAUUUUUUUUUACAUGUCAUCUUCUUAUAUCGUAAGCAGCAGAAAGGGCUGAUUGCGCACUUGGAGUUAUCUGAAAACGUAGAUCUUUUUUCAGGACUGAAGCUAAAUAAACAGACAAGAAAUAUGAUA